GCUCCGGCGACGGCCCGCGCGGCCGCCGGCGCGAUGCCGAACCUCGAGUGCCGGAUGUACGAGCCGCGGUUCCCGGAGGUGGACGCGGCGGUCAUGAUCCAGGUGAAGCACAUCGCGGACAUGGGCGCCUACGUCUCGCUGCUCGAGUACAACAACGUGGAGGGCAUGAUCCUCUUCUCGGAGCUCUCGCGCCGCCGCAUCCGCUCCAUCUCCUCGCUCAUCAAGGUCGGCCGCCAGGAGCCCGCCAUCGUGCUCCGCGUCGACCGCGACAAGGGAUACAUCGACCUCUCCAAGCGCAGGGUCUCCGAGGAGGAGGCGCGCUCCUGCGAGGACAGGUACAACAAGUCCAAGCUCGUGCACUCCAUCAUGCGCCACGUCGCCGAGACGCUCGAGAUCGACCUCGAGCCCAUCUACCAGCGCAUCGGGUGGCCGCUCUACCGCAAGUAUGGACACGCCUUCGAGGCGUUCAAGCUCGUUGUCGCCGACCCCGACGCCAUCCUCGACGUCCUCACCUACGAGGAGAAGGAGAUCGGUCCUGAUGGAGAAGAGGUGACUAAGGUGUUGCCUGCUGUCACGCCUGAGAUUAAGGAGACCCUGGUCCAGAACAUCAGAAGGAGGAUGACACCGCAGCCACUCAAGAUCCGUGCAGACGUCGAGAUGAAGUGUUUCCAAUUCGAUGGGGUGCUCCACAUUAAGGAAGCCAUGAGGAGGGCUGAAGCUGCUGGUACCACUAAUUGUCCUGUGAAGAUUAAGCUUGUUGCUCCUCCUCUCUAUGUUCUGACUACACAGACUCUUGACAAGGACCAAGGCAUCUCUGUACUCACUGCUGCAGUUAAGGCAUGCACAGCAGCGAUUGAAAAACACAAAGGGAAGCUAAUAGUGAAAGAAGCACCGAGAGCUGUGAGUGAUAAGGAAGAUAAGCUAUUGAAUGCCCACUUGGAUACCCUGGUUGAGAAAAACGCGGAGGUUGCUGGUGAUGAUGACAGUGAGGAUGAGGAAGACACUGGAAUGGGUGACAUCGACCUUACGAACAAUGGCGUCAAUGCAGAUUGAGUCUCCGUUAGUUGUUUUGGAUGAGAUUUGUUGUAUAGUACCAGCCAAGAUCCUAAAUCGCCCUGCUUAUAAAGCCUUUAGCUUCACUGGUAGUGUCAUCUUGGGUGUUCAUUAGCCAGUACAGGGUUUUUACUUUUUGAUUGAGUAGUACCUAUUUUUCUCUGGAGUUUUACAAAGUUUUGUUGCUAUACUAGUGUUUUUUAUGUCCAAUAUUGCUCUGUUUAUUCCUAUGAUUCUAUUAAUGCAUAAUGUUAGCCCCCUCUCACUUGU